CUAAGAAACGCGAGUUGAUGUUCUCCGUCUUCUCGCGGGGUUCAGAUUACAGCGACGCCCACCAUGUCCUCAGACAAGCGAAACGAAUUCCUUGACGCCGGCGACAGCGACGAUGAUGUCGGCCGAGGCUCUAACUCCGAAGACGAUUUCCAGAAGGGCGGGCGCAGUGCAAAGCGGAGGAAGGUAGAGGACGAUCAGAGCGACGCCGAGGAGUUCAGCGAUCAGGAAGACGGCCACAGCGAGGAUGGCGGUGCAAGGUUGGCGAAGGGAACAACAGAGUCUUCUGGAGCAAACACAGACGAGCAAGGGGCAGACAAGCAACCAAAGAGUGACAAGUCGCUGUCGAGGCCAGAACUCCCUGGCGUAUCGAAGCCUCUGACGAAGAAGAACCUCGUGGCAACCGAGGCUGCAAUCAAAAAGUCGGGCGUGGUCUAUCUGUCCAGGAUCCCGCCUUUCAUGAAGCCCGCCAAAUUGCGCUCCUUGCUCGAGCCGUACGGCAAGAUCAACAGGAUAUUCCUCACCCCGGAGGACCCUCAGGAGCACAGCCGUCGUGUCCGCAACGGAGGGAACAAGAAGCGGUGUUAUACCGAGGGCUGGGUCGAGUUCGUGAAGAAGAAGGAUGCGAAAAAGGCGUGCGACCUGUUGAACGCCCAGACGAUUGGCGGCAAAAAGUCGAGCUGGUACCGGGAUGACGUGUGGGCCAUGAAGUAUCUGAAAGGGUUUAAGUGGCACCACCUCACCGAACAAAUCGCCGCCGAAAAUGCCGAGCGGGCCAGCAGAAUGAGGGCCGAAAUUGCCAAGACGACGCGCGAGAACAAAGAGUUCGUCCGCAAUGUCGAAAGGGCCAAGGCGCUCAAUGGCAUGCAGGCCAAGGCUGCAGCCAAACGGAAGAAGACCCUGGGGGAGGAAGAAGAGGACGGCCCCGCAGGUGACAAGGAGGCCGACAUGCCGCAAGACGCACCGGGACAGCAAAGGAGGCGGACAUUCAAACAGAUACCCCUGGCGAAAAAAAGGAAGCUGGAGGAACAACCGCCCGAGCAGGUGCAGAGAGUGCUCAGCAAGAUCUUUUGAUCCGUGUUGAGUCAGUCAACAAAGCAAGGCAUUGUUUAUGCUUCUAUCAGGCUCUCUUUUUGGUCGCAGUUCCGUGCGUAUACC